AAAUAAUUGAUGGGAUUUUGCUUUCUCUUUGAGGAAAAUCCUUAUAUAUCUGUAUAAAUAACGUAUGUGUUAAACACUUGGAGGUUAUUCAAGGCGUUGCUUUAUCAAAGAAAAGAAAUGGCAGAAGCUCCAGAAAACGAAUUACGAAUGGUCCUGAUUGGGAAAACUGGAAAUGGUAAAAGUAAGACUGGGAACACAAUUUUAGGGCAGAAGAUAUUCCCUUUUGGAAGCGGUGCGAUGUCCCUGACAACUACUUGUCAACUGAGAAAUGCACAUAGAUUUGGCAAAAAGAUUAGCUUGGUAGACACCCCAGGAGUGUUUGACAACAGGAAUGAUAAUGAAAAUGUUCAACAGGAAAUAAAGAAGUGCAUAUGGCUUACAUGUGAAGGCCCGCAUGCAAUAAUUCUAUGCGUUCCCAUUGGUCGUUUUACAAAUGAAGAUGUGGAGACAGUAAAACAUUUUUGUUCCCAUUUUGGUGAAAACUUAACAAAGUAUGUUAUUGUUUUAUUCACGCGAUUCGACGAUUGGAAACGUGAUAGGACAGAGAACUCUCUUGAUCCAGGUAUGGAAGGAUUCAUUGACUCUCUUACGCCCCCCUUGAGAGAAUUUUUAAGUAAAUGCGGGAAUCGAUUCAUUGAGUUUGACAAUACCUUGAAAGAAACCAGCGCCGACAGCCAAGUGCAAAGACUCCUAGGAAUGGUCGAAAAAAUGGUGAGAGAAAAUGGAGGGUCACAUUACACAAAUAAAGAUUACCAAAAGGCAGAACUAGAACUGCAAAAACAGAUAGAGGAGAACAAAAAGGAAAAAGAAAAAGAAAUACUGAAAAUGCAACAGGAAAUGAGAAAAGAAAUAGAUGAUGACCUAAGAAAACAAUAUAAAGAAAGAGAACAAAAAUUAAUACAAGAAAUUCAAAAUAUCCGAGAUGAGACUAAAAAACAAAACUGGUUACAAGGCGUGUUAAAUGCAGGGAUAAGUUUUGUCAAGUCAAUUUUCAGAUUUUAAAUUUUAUCUAGAUUUAUACUCCGGAGUAUAUAUCAUCAGACACGCUUCGAAUGAAUAAUAUUCUACAUAGCCUUGCAUUAAACACAUUCGACUGUUUUAAAUGUAAUUGUAAUUUAAUUCAUUUGUCUAACAUUUUUAUUCAAUAGCAAACCUAAAAAGUAUAGUAUUUAAGAAUCUGUAUUGCAUUUUACUAUAUUACUUGUAAACUAGUAUAAUUUAAUAUUUGACUGUUUAAUAUAUAACUUAAAAAACAUGUAAAAUUAUCAAAUAAGUUCAUAAAAUGAGGGUUCACUGAUUAAAAUGGUAUUCAUGUA